AGGAGGAGAAAUAAAGGCACUGUCAGAGGUAUCCUACCAGAUAAAGACGCAUGUUUCCUGCUGGUUGGAUCUACCUCUGUCCAGAUCAAUAUUUUUUUCAAUCAUUAUAAAUUAGGACGAGACAGUUUGGCAACGUGCGUAAAAAUGAGUGUGGAUUUGGCACCGGCGCAAACCUGGACAACACUCCGCGUCUUCUCAUGGUCAGGUUUCUAAAACAGCAGCUUUCAACCACCACAGCAACACAUUUCAGUGGGGCCUGGAGAAAAAAUUACCCAUGCUGAAAGACGGUACAGUAGUUGGGUCGGAGAGCUUCUCCGCCCUCUCCUCUCCUCUCCCUCUGAUAUAGCAGCAGUUGUUGUGCAGUUGUCUUGAUAUGUCUUCCAGCUGCGAAGAUGACACAUGUUUCUCUCACUGAGCGGACUCUGACGGACGGGACCUACUGCGCUCUCCUUUCUGAUCAAGUUGGACUUAUCUUUUCCAACAGAGCGCAAAAUGAUUCACAACCACCUGUUCCUGAAAGAGACAGUCAUCAUCUGGACUCUACUUGCGGGUCGGACAGUUCUUGGUCAUGUCAAGACCCACUCACAUGCUGAAGAUGACCUCUUCAAGACACUGUUCUCUGGUUACAACAAGUGGUCAAGACCUGUGCCAAACAUCUCUGAUGUGGUUAUUGUCAAGUUUGGACUGUCCAUUGCCCAGCUUAUUGAUGUGGAUGAAAAGAACCAAAUGAUGACAACUAAUGUGUGGUUAAAACAGGAGUGGAACGACUACAAACUUCGUUGGAAACCAUCUGACUAUGAUAAUGUAACGUCCAUUCGAGUUCCAUCAGAGCUUAUAUGGGUACCAGAUAUAGUCCUCUAUAACAAUGCUGAUGGCGAGUUUGCUGUGACCCAUAUGACCAAAGCUCACCUGUUCUACACGGGUAAAGUACGCUGGGUCCCGCCUGCCAUUUACAAAAGCUCCUGCAGCAUCGACGUCACCUUCUUCCCCUUUGAUCAGCAGAACUGUAAAAUGAAAUUUGGCUCCUGGACCUACGACAAAGCCAAGAUUGACCUGGAGCGAAUAGAAAACACUGUGGAUCUCAACAACUACUGGGAGAGUGGUGAAUGGGCCAUUAUCAAUGCUGUGGGAACAUACAACACAAAGAAAUAUGACUGCUGCCAUGAGAUCUACCCAGACAUCACCUACUUCUUCAUCAUUCGAAGGCUUCCUUUAUUUUACACAAUCAACCUCAUCAUCCCCUGCUUGUUGAUUUCAUGUCUCACUGUUUUAGUUUUCUAUCUGCCCUCAGACUGUGGUGAGAAGAUCACUCUUUGUAUCUCAGUCCUUUUGUCCCUCACUGUGUUCCUUCUGCUCAUAACCGAGAUCAUACCCUCCACAUCUCUUGUCAUCCCUCUCAUUGGCGAGUACCUCCUCUUCACCAUGAUUUUCGUCACCCUGUCUAUUGUCAUCACCGUAUUUGUGCUAAACGUGCACCAUCGCUCCCCCAGCACUCACAAGAUGCCACGCUGGGUCCACUCCGUGUUCUUGGACCUGAUCCCACGCUGGCUGUUCAUGCGCAGGCCAGCGCCUGACGGUCGGCGCCGCAGGCUGUUGCUGCUCCAGAAGGAAAUAGCAGCAGAGCGGCAGCAAAUGCAAAUAGCAGGGUAUGAAUCAAGCCGCUGCAUCAGCACCUCAUAUACCUGGAUGAGAGACGGAAGCACUCUGGAAAACCCAGAGAGAAGCUCUUAUGAGGAUUUAGAGCUCGGAACACUGACGUCAUACUUCUCCUUCCGGCCCCCCUCUCCAAGACCCCCAGGUUCGACUCCUCCACUGCAACAGGAAAAAACCCAGAACAGCCAAAACUUGCAAGAAGGUGCUACAGGAUUAAACAGAAAGCCAACUGGAGCCAGGUUUUAUUCAACCCAGAAGCCACCUAAAGGGGACAGUUUAGUGUCAGAGUCACCUUUAAUACUUUCGCCAAGUGUAAUGCGUGCAUUACAAGGGGUUCACUACAUCGCAGACCACCUGAGGGCUGAAGAUGCGGACUUCAGUGUGAAGGAGGACUGGAAGUAUGUUGCCAUGGUCAUUGAUCGCAUCUUCCUGUGGAUGUUCAUUAUUGUGUGCCUGCUUGGGACAAUAGGCCUUUUCCUACCCCCAUGGUUGGCUGGCAUGAUUUAGGUUUUUGUGGCAAAGUUUAAAGAAAAAACUGAAAAAAUAUUCGUCUACUGGACUCUGAUUUGGUGUUAUUCAAGCUUUUAUUAAAUAGUUCAUCUUUUGUGGGUUCGGAUGUCACCUAGCCUUACUAAACGUAAUGAGACCACUGACAUUUUAAUUCAGAUUCCCACCUCUUAUUUUAAAAAGUGAUUAUUCUUUGUAGCUAUAACGGCAGCUAUGGGAUCUAACAUGUAGUUGGUCCGAUAUAUUGAAUAGAUUAAACCAUCCAGAUUUGACACACCUUGCUUUGAUGGACUUCAGUAGUACUGCAGCAGCCUCAACAGCAGAAUCCUAACAAAAUAUUCACAAAUAUACAUGGAUGGGCCAUUAUGCAACAAAUGUUAAUUAACCUAAACCAGUUUGUAUGUGAACCAAUGAGGUGUCAGUGAAACAUCAAAUUCUGUAACUGACCAGAACCUGUGAUCCGACUUCUGUAGGUACCUCGGUUACUCAAUCUUGAUCAAUGUUAUCACUGUUACUGUCAUGAGGUAUUGGACGUUGUUUUCGUGUUUUGUCUUAAUCUGUUAGUUUGAAUUGAUUCCUGUAUUUUGUUGUGUUUAGUUAUUUUGCUCUGUUCAGUUAUUUCUCUGGCUUUUCCCUGGUUUGAUUCCUUCCCCUCUGUAUUUGUUCUGUGUCAUUUCAGCCAUUUUCCCUCAGCUGUUCUAGUCACGCGCCCCACACAGCUGUUGAUCAUUCAGUAAAAAGACUCACCUGUUCCAUCCUCCCAGUGUUUAGGCUUCGACUUUCCACUCAUUCCUCGUUGGAUUCUUGUGUUAUACCCCAUGAGGGUUUUGUAGUUUGCUCAUGUUCAAGGUUCUCUACUAUACUAGAUAAAUAAAUAUGAUGUUUUUUAAUCAAUUAGAGAAAAACAUGACAUUUAGCAAAAGAAUCUGGUCAUUGAAAUUGGUGCAUCACCAGAGUUAGUUUGGACUUAAUCUUUUACAGAGGAUUAUCUUUUUUCCUGUUGUAGCACUCAGCUUAAAAUCAGUGUCACUUUGUAUAUUUGGUCAACAGUAGCAGUUGUCAGUAACUAAGUAGGGUGGGUUGGUAAACCAUCUAGGCUGUCUUCAAGGCUUAAUUUAAUGAUUAAAUGUUAUUUUAAGGUUAUCUAAUGGUCUCAGCAGGAUAUACAUUUUCUUCAAACGCAUCUUCUUCAACAGUCAGCUAUUCUCUGGAAUCAAAGCACUGAUUUUUAUUCCAUUUUAUAAUAGAUGAUAUGAUCCUUGUAAAUUCAGCAUAGCUCACUUUGAGAGUAAAAAUAACAUUUAUUUAGCCAGAGUAUGAGGCAGAUUCAUUCAAGUUUGAUUUACAACCCAUGAAUUUGACAUCACGUGUUUUGGUUUUAUUCGUAGCCAGUAAUGAGUGACCAGACUGGUUACAGCAACAAGGUUUGAGCAGAAAUGUUAAUUGCAUUGCCUUUUGUUACCAUAAUUACGCUUAUUAUGAAUGGUUAUAAAAUAAAGAAACAGAGUAAAAUUAAUUAAAUUCUGCUUCUCUCUGA